AUGAAAAUAUAUAUAUACACUUUAUACUUAACUAUAAUUUCAAUAAUUACCCAACAAGUUAAAUGUCAAACGACAGCUAAUAAUUUUACUGAAUUGGUUUUAAGAAAUCAAAGACAAUAUUGUAAUAUAUAUACCUCUUCUUUAUAUACAACUGAGAAAAUACCUGAAAAAAAUUAUCAAGGUGAAACCAAUAAUAUGAGAAUUAAACCUAAAAAACCUAGAAAGAAAAUUGUAUAUCCUGCGUUCUUUAGGAGUGAAAAUAAUGAAACUCCAGAUACUAGUGACAGUAAUCUUUUAAUAAAUAAGAAUCUUAAACUUAGUGUUAAAGAUAAAAAUAAACUACAAUCAAGAAAAGUGACAUAUCAAAUAUUACAACCAUCAAAAAGUAUAAUAAUGGAAUGUAAUCAAGCAAAUCUACAAAGUUUAUGGAAUAUAUAUGCUCAAACUGUUUUGGAAAUACUUAAAAUAAAUGAGAGGAUUUCUAAAAUGUCAAAUAAAGCGAAAGUAAAAAGACAUAUAUUUAAGGUAAAAUAUGAACAAAGACAAAUAAAAAAAGAAAUUAAAUUAAAAAACAAUCUUCUAGAUGAUAUUAUGGAUAUGAUGAGGCAUUGUUUGCAAAAAUUAAUUGAAAAGUUAACAUUAAGUGAUAUUUUAGAAUAUUGUAAAGGAAUUCAACCUGAAAGUUGCUUAAUGAGUGAAGUUAAGUCGAAAUAUUUAGAUAUUAAACUUAUUGAGACUCAAUUGAAAAUGGAAGAAACUGUAAGCCAAAUUUUGGAGAAAAAAAGAAAAAAUUACUUGGAAGAAGUAACAGAAGAAGUAAACCUAAGGAACAUAGUGAAAAACAAAAGCUUUUAA